UCUUUUUUUGUUCCAUUUCUCUCUCUCUCACUCCCUCUUUGCUCAAAUCGAUUCUCCCUCGCUUAUCGCCAUUUCUCCCUCGCUUAUCGCCAUUUCUCCCUCCAUUUUCGCUCUCUCGAUAUCGAGCUUCCUCUUUCCGCCUAUCGAAUCUCUAAUCUGAAGCUGUCUUUCUCGAUCUGGAUGUUUAUCGAAGAAGGAGGUCUCUGUUAAUUUAGGUGUAUAGGGAAAUUAAUCUAUUGGGAAGUGUUGUAGUAGCUGUUAGGAGGAUAAAGAAGGCAUAUGGGGAAGGUAUCUCCAAAGGAUUUGGAUUCAAAAACCUCGGUGAGGAAAAAGAAGUUGAAAAGUUCAAGUAACAAGUAUUUAAAGCCAGGGGCUUUGGUUCAGCUUUGUUACAGCAAAGCAUCGGCUGCUAAGUCAUGUAAUGAAUUAGGGAAGAAACGAGUACCUGUGUUUGAUACUAAGUCCUGCAAUGAUUUGGGGAAGAAACGAGUACCUGUAUUUGAUAUUAAGCAUGCGAGGAACAAUAAAAUGGCAGUGGAACAGUUGAAUUCUCCAAAAAGCCCUCUUAUGUUGUCCCCUGUCAACGUUGUUAAGCGGAGUACUCUGGUGAGGCCAAUGAAGUUUGAUGAUCUGCAGGUGGAGAGUAAUAAUACUUGUAAGAAAAGCCCUUUAAUGUUAUCCCCAAUGGGUAUUGUUAUGCAAAACACUCUGUUGAGGACACCAAAAACUCCCCAAGCUGAUCCUUGCGUUUCAGAAUCACAGCUUGAGUCUCUUCCCAUGGAUUUACUGGUUAAAAUAGUUUGUCAUCUGCACCAUGACCAGCUGAAGGCUGUUUUCCAUGUUUCUCAAAGAAUAAGAAUGGCCACCAUACUUGCAAGACAAUAUCAUUUCAAUUAUACAACACCAGACCGCUCAAGACAGGAAAUGUUGAGGGUCAUGACCCCAGUUCCAAUAAAUCGUUGGCCAUUUCGUAGGUACAUGUUUUACUUCAACUUUUACCCUUUUGAAAAGAGCAUCAAACAACUCGUUUGGCUCAUAACAAAACCUUCUUUGAUCUAAAUUAGCAGAGGAGAUGGAAACCCAACAAUGGUGUCAAGCCCACAUACCCCCAAAGCACCAAAACAUGCUCCUAGACCACCCUCUCGAACCAAACUCGCGGAGAUGAAGCAAAUCACUGCUGUUCUUUUCCAAGACCAGACACCAUUUCCUUCAAGAUGCAUCGUUCCUUCUGUUCUCCAGAGGCCGACUUUGUUCAAACCAAUGGCUCCAAAGCACCCUCGAGUGCUCUUCUAUGAGGAUGAACUAUGUCAAGCUGUUGCUCAAAACAACCUCACCUGAUUACACUUAGCUGCAGUCAUAUCGGUUUCCUCUCUCUGUUGAUAGUAGGUUUUGUCUUCAUUGCAUAAUUGAUCAUUGCUCUUGAUGAUCAUCAUUACCUAUAGUAAGAAGCAUGCAAGUUUUGUAGCAGUGCUAGUUCAGGGUUUUAGGUUUACAUGGGAAUCUCCUAGUAUCAUUUAAGGGGUUUUCAAGUUUUUACUCUCUUGAGUUUGUCAUAAUAAGCGUCUUUGAUUUGGUCAGUUGAGUCUUGUGUAUAUUUUCUGCAUAUCUUAUCUGGAUCAGUUGCUUUUUUUUUUUUAAUAUAAUUUGAUUGCUUA